UCCACAGCCCCUCCCUUUCCGUCUCUGUUCGCUUCUAUCCUCUUCAGCCUUGCCUGCCUGUCAGAAAGAUACUCCAGUGUUGGAGGCUAGGCUACCCUCCUCCCGGACCCCUUACGAGAGCCAGCCGCCGUCGUACCCCAAGGCUCGGGCUCCCCACUCACGUUUCCAACCAUGGCAACCACCGUUACUACUUGCACCAGGUUUACAGACGAAUACCAGCUGUACGAGGAGCUCGGGAAGGGAGCUUUUUCAGUGGUGCGUAGGUGUGUAAAGAAGUCAUCAGGACAGGAAUAUGCUGCAAAAAUCAUCAACACUAAGAAGCUGUCUGCAAGAGACCAUCAGAAGCUCGAGCGAGAGGCUCGUAUCUGCCGUCUGCUGAAGCACCCCAACAUUGUGAGACUCCAUGACAGUAUUUCAGAGGAAGGCUUCCAUUACCUUGUCUUUGACCUGGUGACAGGAGGAGAGCUGUUUGAAGACAUUGUAGCCCGGGAGUACUACAGUGAGGCGGAUGCAAGUCAUUGCAUUAGUCAGAUCUUGGAGAGUGUCAAUCAUAUCCACCAGCAUGAUAUUGUGCACAGAGACCUCAAGCCUGAGAACCUGUUGUUGGCCAGUAAGAUGAAGGGAGCUGCAGUGAAGCUGGCAGACUUUGGCCUCGCUAUUGAAGUGCAAGGAGACCAGCAGGCUUGGUUCGGGUUUGCGGGCACCCCUGGCUAUCUCUCCCCUGAAGUGCUGAGGAAGGACCCCUACGGCAAGCCUGUGGACAUAUGGGCGUGCGGUGUUAUCCUCUAUAUCUUGUUAGUGGGAUAUCCUCCAUUCUGGGAUGAAGAUCAACACAAACUCUAUCAGCAGAUUAAAGCUGGAGCAUAUGAUUUCCCUUCCCCAGAGUGGGACACAGUGACUCCAGAGGCAAAGAACCUGAUCAACCAGAUGUUGACCAUUAACCCCGCCAAGAGAAUCACUGCCGAACAGGCCCUGAAACACCCAUGGGUCUGCCACCGCUCCACAGUGGCAUCCAUGAUGCACAGACAGGAAACUGUCGAGUGUCUCCGCAAGUUCAACGCUCGCCGAAAACUUAAGGGAGCCAUUCUCACCACCAUGCUGGUGUCCAGAAACUUCUCAGUGGGCCGGCAGCAUACCAACUCUGCUGCUGCCGCCUCCUCCACGGCCUCACUGGCUCAGGAAGCAUGCAAAAGUUUACUCAACAAGAAGUCUGAUUCUGCUAAGCCUUCCACCAACAACAGUAAGAACAGUAUAGUGAGCGCCAUCAAUGCCCUGAAAGACACCAACAUGGCAACCAACGCCCAGAUGGAAUCUCAGAGCACUGUGGUGCACAACCCUCCUGAUGGAGUUAAGGGAUCAACAGAGAGCAAUGCCACCAACGAUGAGGAGGAAAUGAAAGCGGACAGUUCGGCGCAGAGCAGCGCCACAGAGGAGAUGCCCCCACUUCUGCCCUCACCUCAAAGCUCACCUGCCAUUCCACCGCAUGACGUAAAGCGCAUGGCAUGGAACAGCACGGGCAACAGCUCCUGCCCUGACUCUGAGCUCUCACAGUCCUCCAUGCCUGCCGCUCCUCUAGGGAGCAACACUGUGGCUGCUAUCAGCAACACUAAGCUGAUCCGUAAACAGGAGAUCAUCAAGAUAACGGAGCAGCUGAUUGAAGCGAUCAACAAUGGAGAUUUCGAUGCCUACACGAGGAUUUGUGAUCCUGGACUCACCUCUUUUGAACCCGAGGCCCUGGGGAACCUGGUUGAGGGCAUGGACUUUCACAAGUUCUACUUUGAGAACUUGUUGAGCAAGAACAGCAAGCCUGUGCACACCACUCUGCUGAACCCUCACGUGCACCUGAUCGGCGAGGACGCGGCGUGCAUCGCGUACAUCCGCCUCACACAGUUUGUAGACACCACAGGCCGCCCUCGCUCCAGCCAGUCAGAGGAGACCAGGGUGUGGCAUCGCCGCGAGGGCAAGUGGCUGAACGUCCACUUCCACUGCUCGGGAGCGCCCGCCGCACCACUACAGUGAUCAGUGGUCCUGAGCCUCCAGUUUACUGGAGUGUGUGUUUUGGGGGGCAGUUUUUUUCAGCGAGCGUGUUUAAGAGGCACGUCCUCUGCGUGGAUUGGCUAGUGCCAGGAGCCCGGCCGGGCGAGAUCGCUUCCCUCUCCACGAUACCAACCAAUCCUGUCCCCCCUUUGACCUGCUGGGGGCCGGCUGAACACAAGACACCGCCCCCAUGGGAUGAUGCAUGCAUCUGGCGCCUGAUUGGAGGGCGAGUCUUUGCCCUCUAUCCCUCCCCAUGGCAGCCAUCUUUUUUCUGCCCGCGCGAGAUGAGACGUCCUGCGUGAGGAGAGGAUUUACAGUUGAACUUGUGACAGUUUAUGAGUAUGAGUUAUGAAUAUGCUGUGUAAAUUAUGACUAGAUGUAACAGAAACCACCAAAACCCAACCAAGCAUUUAUAUUCACUAUCUGAGAAGGGAGGAGCAGAAGGGAGUGUGAGGUCAGCAGCUGAGAUUUUUGGCAUUAUAGGGAUUACCGGGUAGAAAGUGUUGUGCUGGUGACCCGGACGCUGAUGUAAAGAUGAAGGGAGAUUUUCCCCGUCUGGAUUCUAGGGGUGUGGGGGGGGGGCUCAGUCAGAGAGCUUGAUGAUGAGAGAAACUUGAUAUCAAAAACAUAAAGCACCAAAGUGUAGAACUUUAGGCUUUUUAUGUGUUUGUGUUUUCGUUUGUGUGCUUGUUUUUUUCCGACCGCACGGAAAAUCGUGUUGUUGCGGGAUAGCGGGUGGGACGGGGGGGGGGGGCGUUUGAUUUGAGGUUACGUGUUUUUGUUGUGUUUUCAGCGUCCUGUUCCCUUUGCGUUCCUGUGAAUAACCGGAGCCUUUAUUUUUUUGUCUGACUGAUGUUAUAUUCAAGGCUCCUUUUUCGUUCUUUUUUUUUUUUUUUUAAAGCUGCGUUUUAAAAAAGAGGGAUUUUAAUUGUGCAAGUUUAAAGCUAACGUGUGAACACGUUCUGUUGUCUGUAUGCAGUGGGGGGAGAGAGCGGCCCGGGGAAGGCGUCUGCGUUUUGCAUGUUUGCCCGCCGCCUCUCCCUCAUUCAUCCCCCCCACACUCUCUCCUUUUUUCUCCCUCUUAAACCAUUCCCUCUUUUAACCCACUCCUUUUCUCUGCUUUUCUGCAAGGGCCUGGUUUGUUUAUAAUCACUGUGUAAAUACAGUGUAUGUAUAGAUAUAUGUAGAAAAGUGUAAUAUAUGUACAUGUAUCUAAGAGACACUCAUCCUGUGCAUCUGGGAACUCCCCCAUGACCUCUGUGACCCUGAGCUAGCUUAGGAACAUUUCCCUCACCUUCUUUAAAUUUGCUAUGCUAUUCUCCUCCUCUUAAAGUUCCUCCUUUUUAAAAUAUAAUCAGUCACGACAAAUAAAAAAUAAACGCUGGUGUGGGCUAGCAGCUCCAGUCCCGUGGCCGUACGACAGUUUUAAAGACGGGGAGGAAAAGAAAUCGAAAGCCCGAAAAUAGUUUUUAAACAUGAAGACCUUCAUCAUUGUGUCAUCCUGAUCCCAUAAUGCUGUGAGCCCUCUCUUUAUAUCAUAUGCACACACACACACACACACACACACACACACGCACACACACACGCCUGGUGGUGUGUUUUAGGCUUUGUAACAUAUCUGCACCACUGCUGUGUGACCACGGUGCCACCCUCGCUGUGCUGCUUAAUUGUCUCCAUCCAUCCACGACAGUCGUAUCUUAAACCCCCUCCCCUCCGAUAUCUCUCUCCCCUCUGAUAUCUCCCCCCCUCCUCCCCAACGUGUACUAACGAGCCCCCUGCUCUUGAGAUGUUUAUUUGUACCUCUCUCUGUCGUUUCUCUGUUCCCGUGUUACUGGUUUGAGUUUAUUUGUCGUCGUCGCUGUUCCUGUUAACUUGUCGUUUGGUAAUUUGCCGACCUGCCAAGCUGGAGUUCUGCACUCUCCCUCGCACACAGAGAAAAAAAACAUUUAAAAGAAAAAAAGGGAAAAGAGGGAGGAAGUAAAGACAACACAAAUUAACGGAAUGAGGAAAUGAUCAGGACUAAAUUAUUUAUUAAUGUAAUCUACCCUAGGUGGUUUUAAAUGGUGCCUGCUCAGUGGAGAGGAGUUUGGAAAGCCAGAGAGAGCGUUGGUGUGGGUGUGCAGGUUUUUGUGACCUGCGCUGUUGAACCAGAGCGGGAGACCUAGUUAUAUGCAUGUUUCAGUUACGCAUUUCUACCAUGUACCUACCUGAAUAAGGAUGGAGCCUAGUGUUAAUAUAUGAUAUUUGCAUCUUUUGAAAUAAGAAUAUUCUCCAUCCAGAAUGUUGAAUAGGUGACAUGAAUAAAAUAUCUAAAAAAACGCAAAAUUUUUAAAAAAAGGAUUCAGGAGCCGUAGCUUGGUAUGAGGCCCUCGAUGUUAGCGUUUACCCUGCGUUGUAAUGAUAUACUAUUGGGCUGCGCUUUCUCCCCCAGCCUUCACAUGGAUGCUGGAGUUUUUUUGCAUGAUCAUGAUGUACAAUGAAAUACAACCAUGAAUUGACGACUAUCAAGUGUUUGUCUGAGUGUUAGUUGGUCUUCAUCAUAGCUUUGUUAUUCUUCAAACUUGGAUCUUGAAAGUAUUUAAUAAAAAUACUAUUUCAGCACUG